CUGUGAUUUACCUCCGAUUUUGACAUAAUAUAUGGCAUAUAGUAAAUGUUCGUUAAGAAUAUUAAUUGAAUGGAUAAAUGAAUUCAUGAAUUUUUUCCAAAUAUUUUAUAGCUGCAAGUGAAGAUUUUCUUUUUAUACUAGAAUUUAAAAACAACUCAAAUCUGUUUCUGUCAAUGUUUACUUAUGAUAUAUUCUUUUUAUCGUUUCUUUGUUUUUGGUCUUGUUACACAACAACAGACAAAGUCAAUGUGUGAAGCAAAUUACUCCGAGGUGUCUGAAUUUGUGUUCCUGGGACUUUCUACCUUUAGACCAAUGCAGCAUUUCCUCCUUACUUUCUCUACAGUGUUUUAUAUAACAAUUGUUCUGGGAAACCUCCUGGUUGUGUAUACAGUGACUUUUGACCCUCGUUUGCAUUCCCCUAUGUACUUCCUAUUAGCCAACCUCUCAUUUAUUGAUUUGUGUCUUUCUACAUUAACGGUUCCUAAGAUGAUCUCUGACCUGUACUCUGGGCAAAACACUAUAUCAUUCCAGGGGUGUGUGAUCCAGAUUUUUGUACUUCAUAUCCUGGGUGGAUCUGAGAUGGUGCUGCUCACAGCCAUGGCCUUGGACCGUUAUGUAGCCAUAUGUAAGCCCCUCCACUACCUGACUGUCAUGAGUCCACGCAUGUGCAUUUGGCUUCUGGUUGGUGCUUGGCUUAUUGGUCUCACUCACUCAGUGACCCAGCUAGCAUUUGUUGUCCAUUUACAUUUUUGUGGCCUUAAUGAGAUAGAUAGCUUUUACUGUGAUUUACCUCAGUUUAUCCAACUUGCCUGCACAGACACCUACAAACUGAAGUUCAUGGUUACUGCCAACAGUGGGUUCAUUUCUAUGGGAACCUUCUUCUUGCUGAUUUUCUCUUACAUCUUCAUCCUGGCCACUGUAUGGAAACAGUCUUCAGGUGGCUUGUCCAAGGCCCUCUCUACUUUGUCAGCUCACAUCACUGUGGUGAUUUUGUUUUUUGGACCUUGCAUCUUUGUCUACGUGUGGCCCUUUCCCACAGUGACAGUGGAUAAGUUUCUUGCCAUUUUGGACUUCAUGAUUACACCCAUCCUAAAUCCUGUCAUCUACACAUUGAGGAACAAGGACAUGAAGAUGGCAAUGAGGAGACUGAACAGUCAACUCUUGAGUUGGAGGAAGAUCUCCUAAAUAAUCCGCUAGAGCAUAAGUGAUACCUUCUGUACUGUUAACACAACAUUUAAAAGUUUAUACUAUAUUGGGAAAAUUCAU